UUAGAGCAUCCUGCAAAAGAAGUCUCUUCUGUUUGGAGCAUCCCUGUGUUGACCUCCACAAUGAGGUUUUUCGAAGGGCCCAGCCUCCUUCUCUUGGUGUUCCUGGCUGCUUUGGUCGUGGUCGCAGAAAUAGAUGCGUCCAAGCCAUCUCCUGGGGUCCAGGAGAGGUACGAGACGUUCCUGAGACAGCAUCGGCACAACACCAAGGAUGUCAACAACAAAUACUGCAACAAAAUGAUGAGGGAUCGAGGGAUGACCAGUCCCAAUUGCAAAGUCAAGAACAGCUUCAUCCACGCCAGCACUGAGGACAUCAAAGCCGUGUGCAAAGACAAAGGGGAUCCCCUUGAGACCAAGCGCAUGAGCUGUGCACAGUUCCGCGUCACAACCUGUAACUUGAAAGCAGGGUCAAUCCGCCGUCCCUGUGAAUACACACAAGACAAGCGGCCUCGCUAUAUUGUCAUCGCUUGUGAGGAAGACCAUCCCGUCCACUACGACGAAGGCAAGGUCAUCAUAAAUCGGCCCAAGCCGUGUAAGAAAUAAACCGGCCAGCGUUCCUCUC